GCUCCUCCCAGAGAAGCCAGCCCCAUCGAAAAGGCAAGAAUAUUUUUAAGGAGCGUCAUAGUGUAAGGAAGGAAUAAAGAGUUGGUGUCUUUUUUUAAAGGAUUGACUGAAAUAUCAAAGGAGUGUGUUGAGUGAACGGUCUCUAACCUCAACGAUGGGGGGCGGACGACCAGUCGAUGAUGCCCAAAUUGCCGGUGCCAAACGGUUGUCGAAUUCGAGUCGAGCUGCUAUCACGAAGUCAGAUUGUAGGCGCUCAUGUCGCGGCUUUUAUGUCUUCUCCAGACUAAUCAUAAGCCUGUUGUGUUGUGUUGAAAAAACAAGCUUGGACCGAGUCCUUGUCAUCCGUUGUCUGGGGUCAAACAUUCCAGAUAGUAGUCUUCUCUCACGAAGCCAGCCAAUAACCCAGGCCCCCGGAUUGUCAUAUUCAAGUGGCGCUGCUAGACUGCAAGACAGAGCAUAUUUUUCAGAAAUUCAUCGAAACUAUGAUUGGUAGGGAACCGGCCGAGAUACAUUCCAGGAUGGUUGUUGUCAAUAACUUGGGCGGCCCGAGGAAUGCCAUUUCCUCUUGCGGACCCCAGCUUGUGAUGAGCCGAACCCAG